AUGAAACAUUCGGCAUAUGGACGCCGGCCAAUGCCCCCUCCUCGUCCUCCAGGAGGCUUUCCACCUCCGAUGCCCGUUCCUCCGCCACCUGGUAUUCCCAUCGAAACUCCAGAACAGCGGCGCGAGAGAAUCCUGAAGUACCGCCGCUCUAUUGAAGCUAGAUGGCGUCCGAAGCUGCCCGAAGUAAUGAAGCUUGAUUUGGAGCAUUUCAAAAACAGCUACGAAGACGACAAGCCUGGCUACGCCGUUGAGGUGCUAGUAGGCCCGCCAAACAUAGGAGCCCAAAUACGAGCCGAAGACGAAAGAAGGCGGGGCCUCAAUCAUUCUGCCCAAUAUGCAUGGCUUGCAUCGCAGGAUCUAUUGUUCGACGAAUGGAGACGUACAGACGAAAAUUGGAGGUGGGCAUCCUCGUUCUCCAAGCAGCGACGUUUGGGUCCAACGACGGAGGUAUCUUCAAGGUCUGACGACAUGUUCAUCCAUCGUGUGAGGAUUCAGUCUAUGCCUGUUCUUGGCUAUCUGCAAAGGCUUCUUGGGGAGCCGCGCCGUCGUUAUCGCUAUCGAACGUUCUUCCGUCCUUUCAGGCCUCUUAUCUAUUUUCAGCCGAGAAUGAAAGAGAUCCUGACUCUUCUUGAGAAGAAGUGGAGCCAGAAGGAACACGAGCAGGACGACCAAGAUUCCGGAAUAAACAGAGUACCAAAUGCAGGGUCACAAACUGAAACUAUCAGGAUACACGAUGCGCCACCGGCUGAUCGACCAGCAAUAUCUGACCAGUCAGCCGAGGAUUGCAGUUUCGAGGCUGGAAAGACAAACGAGACCGAUGAUGACGACAUCAGCUCUGUCAAAUCUGAGGACGACAGCACAACAGAAAGGAUGAACCAAAUCAUGGACAGCAUUGAAGCUCUGCGAGAUAUGAGAUGCUAUGUUGAAUUCGUUGAUAAGGAAAUCAUGCCGCACUACAACUUUCUGAAGGGUGCCGAGGCACGAAAAGUUGCAUUUCAUGACUUGUGGUGCUUGUACGAUGUAGGCGGCUUGGUAUUUGCCCCAAUUACGAGGGGAGAGAACGAUAGCUACCAGGACAUCUGGCGCAUUUAUCGCGUUAAAGGCCCGGAGCCUUUUCUCUCAUACUACCCACCAUGGCAGGGGCAACCGAGUGACGGAUUUGAUGUCGAUACCGACACGUCUUUCACACUCUUCUGCUACCACAUUGGGCACGAUGGUUCUUCUUAUGGUGCGGUGCGCCGCAAAUUCGACAUCGAGGCCUUUCCGGGGGAACGAGACAUCCAAUCUUUGGAUGCCUAUCCGCUGCGCUUUGUUGAGAAUCAUGAACAACUACUGGGGACAAUGAAGGAGCAAGGUCUUCGAUACCAGAAUGCCUUGAGCGAGCGUAAUCUGGCUUACAAUAAUUGGUCGCUGGCUGUGAAUCCACAGGAAGACAGCGACAGCGAUUCUGAGGGCGAACAGCGCAAGAAAAAGCAGGCAACUCAUCCUGUUCUGGCUGAAUUCAUUGAGAGUCAGGUCAUAAUCGAUCUGGACGAGGCGUUCAGGGCGAAUCCAAGGUGGAGACCGAAGUUUCACAAACCAAGCAUCUCGAAAGCUUCGCCACUCGAAACCAAGCUUGAUGGCUGGCCGAUGCAAAUCUGGAACGACAAAUCCAGAAGCAAGCUCUUGUACUCAAUUCCGGAACUCAUUCAGUAUGAUGAUGGCAUCGACAUACGAAAGCGCCGCGACAACAUCUUGAAUAACGAUCUCUUCCUGCUGAAUCGGUCCAAAGGCUCUCGGUGGGAGCGCACUGGCUACAACUUUACGGACCUACGCGAUGAAGAUAUUGCUCUGUUACCAAAACGCUUAUUUGCCUACACGCUACGCGAACGCAAGUUCGUAGCAGUAGAUGUCAAUUAUCUGAGACCUAUCCUCAGGGAGGAGGGGGUCUUCGCGCGGCUGAUGAUAUGGAAAGACUAUAAGGACAUUGUUCGUGGGCUUGUCAGUUCGCAUUUCCAGAAGAAAGAGCUCGAACGUCUUUACUCGAGCAAUGCAAUUGAAGGCUUAAGUCAAGAUCUGAUUCAAGGCAAAGGCAAAGGUCUAGUACUACUGCUUCAUGGAGCCCCUGGGGUGGGCAAAACAGCAACAGCUGAAGCUGUGGCGAUGGAGAACAACAAGCCUUUGUUCGCGAUUACUUGUGGAGAUCUAGGACUUACUGCUUCGGAAGUAGAAUCUUCGCUGACAGAUAUGUUUCGUCUGGCACACAAGUGGGACUGUGUUCUGCUUCUCGAUGAGGCUGAUGUAUUCCUCUCUCAACGGUCAAGGUUCGACAUGAAGCGAAACGCCCUCGUAUCAGUGUUUCUGCGAGUUUUAGAAUACUACAACGGCUUGCUAUUCUUGACAACCAAUCGUGUUGGUACUAUCGAUGAGGCAUUUAAGUCCAGGAUUCAUCUAUCACUAUAUUAUCCCCCACUGGAUCUAACGCAGACGCGAGAAAUCUUUCGACUGAAUAUCAACAAGCUCCGCGACAUCGAGCGCCAAAGGUCUGAGCUCACUGCGAAGCCUGAACUUAUAAUCAAAGAGGAUGAUAUAAUUAGGUUCGCAGAAGAACAUUACAAUAACCCCGUGGAUUCUUUAGGACGCUGGAAUGGCCGUCAAAUUCGCAACGCCUUCCAGAUCGCAUCCGGUCUGGCUUAUUAUCAUUUCGCCACGCAGUCACAGGCCAGCUCCAGUCCAGAAGACAAUCUCCAAGGCGCGCCAAUUCUGGACAGUAGCUUGUUCAAGAAAGUCCAACAUGCGACGCAGAACUUCGACAAGUAUAUGCGUGAGACAAGAGGCUGGACAGAUGCCGACCUCUCACACCUACUUGGGGAGAGGUCUGACCACAUGCGAAACAAUCGGUUCCCUCAGGCUUCUGCACCGAGCACUCAGCAGACCGUCCCGGACGUCUUUGGUGAGCCGCCCGCGGCGGCAUCGGCGGGCCACGGGGGUUAUUCAUUCGCAUCAUCGUACAUGCCGGCCCACCCGCAGGGAGGGUCAUUUCCUCGCACUCCCGUCACGCCCAGAAAUCUUGCACAACACGAGGGUGGCCCACAGGGGCCUUCUUACAUGCCACAUCAGAACAUGCCCCCGCAACAAGCCGCUGACCCGAAGCCUCAAUUUAUCCCCGCUGCGUUCCAUGCGCAAGCCCAAACCCGGCAAAUGCAGCCAAACACCACGAUGGGCCAGGGCAAUCCUUUCAGUCCUGCCUCGGCGGCGAUGCCACCUGUGUACAGUACAGUCUCAACUCCACAGCACAACACAGGCUAUGAUAUGCCCCAUGCUGGAUCACUAUACUCCAGUAACACGCAGGCUGCCCAGUCGCAAGGGCAUGCUGGUCAGCCACACAACAUGGAAAGUUGGGCAUCUCAUUCUCCAGGGGUAGCCGAAACGAUGUCGCGUGAAAGCGAGGAGGAACAGAGUCUUUACUAA